UAAGUCCUUUUUCACACACUUUCACUAAAACAUAUUGGUUUCAACCACAAAGUGAUGUUCUCUAAACUAUAAUAUUUGGUAAUUAUAGUUGGCUGGGCGGAAAUAUUAAAAUAAUCGAUACUCUUGUGCAUAAUAAAUAAUCCUGUUUCAUGAGGGCCUAGGCAGCACCUAAUCGCCUUGGUUUUUAAAAACUUUUACGGUGGUCCAAGUAUACUUAAUAAACCCUAACUCUGUUUCCUUAACAGAAAUAAAACAUCCUUCGUGCCAAUUUAUACAAGCCGUGAGUUGAGGGUUUAGAAUUAAGAACAAACAGGUUAGGAAUAUGGAAAUAUCUUCAAUGAAAAAGUGAGAAGGCAUUAUGAUGACCUCUUUACUCUAACUUUUAUUUCCACCUUUUGGAAUAUAAUCCUAGUCAGUGAAUGCUGCCUCUUAAAGAAAGCCACAUUCCUUAAGUUAGGCUAAUCAGAAAAGUAUU